UGAGUCGGUAUGACCAAAUUUAUCAGAGACAUAAAACAGAAACAGGGCUCACAAAAAUCGACGAGUUAAGAAAAACGAAAUACCAAACUCACCAAUUCCGCCAUAAUUGGAAGAAUUCCAUGGUUUAUUUAAACCAAACACCUCUCCUUCAAACUCCAUUGACAAACAUCAAGCUAAUCUCCCAACUCAACAACAAAUCCCAACAAAUAAAUUCCACUUUGAACCCUGAUUAUUACAGUAAUAAUAUGGAAGCAAUGCAACACUCUUCGUCUUUUCUUCUUCCUUCAAUUCCUAUUGAACAAGGUGCUAAUUCGCUAAAUUACGCCUUAGUUAUUCUUAACCAACGCCUACCUCGUUUUGCCCCUCUUCUAUGGGAGCACGAACAGCAAAAUUGAGAGUUUGCGCAGAUGGAGGAGGGAAUCGUUUGUUCGAUGAAAUUCCGCAGUUUUUUCCUGAACAAAAUCCCAUUGAUGUUCGCAACAGGUAUAAACCUGAUGUAAUUAAAGGUGACAUGGACUCCAUCAGAGAAGAUGUUCUGGAUUUUUAUGCAAAAUUGGGGUGUGAUGCAAUAAAUGAAUCUCAUGACCAAGACACCACAGACCUACACAAGUGUAUAUCACAUAUCAGUAAUUUGACACCAGAAUCUGAGAAAUCGAAUCUGUGCAUUCUUGUUACUGGAGCACUCGGUGGACGCUUUGAUCAUGAAGCGGGGAACAUAAAUGUUCUUUAUCGUUUCUCUAACUUGCGAAUAAUACUUAUUUCGGACGAUUGCUUGAUCCAACUUCUCCCAAAAACUCACCGCCAUGAGAUCCAAAUUCAAUCUUCUGUUGUUGGUCCACAUUGUGGACUAUUACCAAUGGGACAGCCUGCUUUUCAUACCACCACCUCUGGGCUGAAAUGGAACCUCGAUGACACGGAGAUGAUGUUUGGCGGUUUGUUAAGUACAUCUAAUAUAGUGACCGGAGAUAUAGUAUCUGUGCAGUCUGAUGCAGAUCUUAUUUGGACAAUAUCCAUCAAACACUGAUUUCACGUUUAUGCAGUUUUAAGAGAACAUCACAUAUGCUCUCAUCACAAAAAAUUUCUAACUUACUCUCAAGUCCAUCAACUCGAUCCUGCAAUACAAAAUAGUAUCUGUUCACACAGAUUUUGCGAAAAUAAAGGUGUCAAGAAAGUUGAAUAAUCAUCAUUACUAAAGUGGAGAUAUUAGUAUGGUUUAGAGCAUUUACAGUUAUGUUAUCUUCAAAUUCAUUAUAUACUACAUUUUUUUUUUUGAGGGGCAUUAUAUACUACAUUGUUACUACAUAGUUGAUUAUUUGUAUUGUCUAUAUUAUCUUACAAUCAAUAUUCUUUUCCAUUUUUGUGAAAAUAAUGAAAUAUUUUUCAUCUGUUCAA